AUGCGUUUUGCACCUUCAAAGUGUAAAAUGCUACUACAAGAUUGGGUUGAUCCAGCACCCUGUCUCACCCUAACUGGGGAAGUAGUAAAGGAAGCAGACAAAUUUCGCUAUCUAGGCAGCUAUAUCUCACCCGGCGGACGCAUCACAGAUGAAGUGUCGGUGCGUAUACAGAAGGCUCGAUUGGCAUUUGCCAACUUGAGACAUUUGUGGCGCCGUCGCGAUAUCCGGCUGUCUGUGAAGGGUCGAGUGUAUGCUGCAGCAGUUUGGCCAGUCCUGCUCUACGGUGCAGAGACUUGGCCAUUACGGGAACAGGAUAGAAAUUGA